CCCGCGCUCCUUGGACACAGUGGCCCUCCUGGCACUCCCUGCCCUUUGAAGAAGAGGAGACUUGAAGGGCGAGGGCGUCCAGCGGGACCAUGGGCCGUCGAAGCGCGCUGGCCCUAGCUGUCGUGUCCGCCCUGCUGUGUCAGGUCUGGAGCUCUGGCGUCUUCGAGCUGAAGCUGCAGGAGUUCGUCAACAAGAAGGGGCUGCUGGGGAACCGCAAUUGCUGCCGCGGGGGCGCGGGCCCGCCAUGCGCUUGCAGGACCUUCUUCCGCGUGUGCCUCAAGCACUACCAAGCCAGCGUGUCCCCCGAGCCGCCCUGCACCUACGGCAGCGCAGUCACGCCGGUACUGGGCGUUGAUUCCUUCAGCUUGCCCGACGGCGAGGACGCGGGAGCUGACGCUGCUUUCAGUAACCCCAUCCGCUUCCCCUUCGGCUUCACCUGGCCGGGGACCUUCUCUCUGAUCAUUGAAGCCCUGCACACAGACUCUCCUGAUGACCUAGCAACAGAAAACCCAGAAAGGCUCAUCAGCCGCCUGGCCACACAGAGGCACCUGACGGUGGGUGAAGAGUGGUCUCAGGACCUGCACAGCAGUGGCCGCACGGAUCUCAAGUACUCCUACCGCUUCGUGUGCGAUGAGCACUAUUAUGGGGAAGGCUGCUCUGUGUUUUGCCGCCCCCGGGACGAUGCCUUCGGCCACUUCACCUGCGGGGAGAGAGGGGAGAAGGUGUGCAACCCCGGCUGGAAGGGCCAGUACUGCACAGAACCAAUCUGCCUGCCGGGGUGCGAUGAGCAGCAUGGAUUUUGUGACAAGCCAGGGGAAUGCAAGUGUAGGGUAGGCUGGCAGGGCCGGUACUGCGACCAAUGCAUCAGAUACCCAGGCUGUCUCCAUGGCACCUGCCAGCAGCCCUGGCAGUGUAACUGCCAGGAAGGCUGGGGGGGUCUUUUCUGCAACCAGGACCUGAACUACUGCACACACCACAAGCCCUGCAAGAAUGGGGCCACCUGCACCAACACAGGCCAGGGGAGUUACACGUGUUCCUGUCGACCUGGGUACGUGGGUGCCACUUGUGAGCUGGAGGUGGACGAAUGUGACCCCAGCCCCUGCAAGAACGGAGGGAGCUGCGUGGACCUUGAGAACGGCUACUCCUGCACCUGCCCUCCUGGCUUCUACGGCAGAAUCUGUGAGCUGAGUGCUAUGACCUGUGCAGAUGGGCCCUGCUUCAACGGGGGUCGUUGCUCAGACCACCCUGAAGGAGGCUACACCUGCCGCUGCCCUGGGGGCUACUCUGGCUUCAACUGUGAGAAGAAGAUGGAUCACUGCACCUCUUCACCCUGCUCUAACGGUGCCAAGUGUGUGGACCUCGGGGAUGCCUAUCUGUGCCGCUGUCACGUGGGCUUUUCCGGGAGGCACUGCGAGGACAACGUGGACGACUGCGCCUCCUCCCCGUGCGCGCACGGGGGCACUUGCCGGGACGGCGUGAAUGACUACUCCUGCACCUGCCCCCCUGGCUACACGGGCAGGAACUGCAGCGCCCCUGUGAGCAGGUGCGAGCACAUGCCCUGCCACAACGGGGCCACCUGCCACGAGAGGGGUCUGCGCUAUGUGUGCGAGUGUGCCCGGGGCUACGGGGGCCCCAACUGCCAGUUCCUGCUCCCUGAGCCACCCGGCCCCGUGGUGGUGGACCUCACUGAGAAGUACGUGGAGGGCCACGGCGGGCCCUUCCCCUGGGUGGCCGUGUGUGCCGGCGUGGUCCUGGUCCUCAUGCUGCUGCUGGGCUGUGCUGCCGUGGUGGUCUGCGUGCGGCUGAGGCUGCAGAAGCAGAGGCCCCCGGCUGACCCCUGCCGUGGGGAGACGGAGACCAUGAACAACCUGGCCAGCUGCCAGCGCGAGAAGGACGUCUCGGUCAGCGUCAUCGGGGCCACGCAGAUCAAGAACACCAACAAGAAGGCCGACUUCCAGGGGGACGGCGCCGACAGGACCGGCUUCAAGGCCCGGUACCCCGCGGUGGACUAUAACCUCGUGCAGGACCUCAAGGGCGACGAGGCCGCGGGCAGGGACGUGCACAGCAAGCGAGACGCCCAGGGCCCGCCACAGGGCUCCGCCGGGGAGAAGGGCACAGCGGCCACACUUAGGGGGGGAGAAGCACCUGAGAGGAAAAGGCCGGAGUCUCUCCACUCCACCUCCAAGGACACCAAGUACCAGUCUGUGUACGUCAUCUCGGACGAGAAGGACGAGUGCGUCAUCGCCACCGAGGUGAGUGCGGCGCGGGCCGAGGGGCGGGGCCGGCGCGCCUCCACCUGGGCUCACCUCUUGCGGCCCUAGGUGUGAGCUGGAAGUGCCGGCGGUCGUUCCUCCCGGAGGCUCCGAGGAUGUAUGCCCCACGAAUGCUGCUGAAGAGGAGUCCGCGCCUGCAGAGGCGAGCCCGCCGGCUGCCGCCGGCUCUUGCACUGCCGUCCGGGCCUUUCCGUUGCACUAUGGACAGUUGCUUUUAAAGAGAGUAUAUUUAAGAAGCGGACUCAGUCCCCGCUGAGAAGCAUGCACUGCCGCGUGUAGGUCUGGGGUUCUUAUGAGCCGGUCUGAUCCUGACUAGAAACACAAACUGCCUUUACUGUACUUUUUGAUACUGAAAUGUGUUUUUUCUAGAUGGAAAAAAAAUGUGUGUUAUUUUUUUGGAUUUGUAAAAAUAUUUUUCACAAUAUCUGUAAAGCUUGAGUAUUUUGUGAUGUUUGUUUUUUAUAAUUUAAAUUUUGGUAAAUAUGUACAGAGGCACUUCGGGUCUAUGUGACUAUAUUUUUUGUAUAUAAAUGUAUUUAUGGAAUAUUGUGCAAAUGUUAUUUGAGUUUUUUUACUGUUUUGUUAAUGAAGAAAUUCCUUUUUAAAAUAUUUUUCCAAAAUAAACGCUAUGAA